AUUCAGGCUUUUUUUUACGUUCGAUGUUUACGAAGAUUUUUUUUUUGAUGGUUUUUUCUUGUUUCAUUGUCAAUAUCGAUGACGACGAAUUCUUGUUGUUGUAAUUAAACAGAUUUAAGAUUAUUAUUAUUAUUUUGAAAAAUUUGUAAACAAUCAAUAAUAAAAACAAAACAAAAAAAUCAACGAUGACGACUGAAACAUCAAAUUUACGACCACAACCGGUCGAUUUUAAUAUUGUUUGGCAAACAAUUCGUGGUACAAUUAAUAAAAUAUUAUGUUUAAGUUAUGUUUCAAAAGAUGAAUGGGGUGAUCGUUUUCAUGAUAUUUAUAAAUUAUGUAUUGCUCAUCCAGGUAUUAUUUUUUUAAUUAUUUGUGAUAUCUGUUGCUUCAAUUCUAAUUCUGUUGUUUGUUUGUUUUUUUGUUUUAUAGAAUCAUAUUCCGAUCGAACGUAUCAUGAAACAAGAAAACUUUUAGAAUCACAUGUUAAAAUGAUUUAUGCUGUAAGUUUUGUUUUGUUUUGUUUGUCAAAUUUGAAAUACAUUUUUUCUUUUGUAUUUCAGUCGGUAAAAGAAAAUCCAUCAAAUAUGAAUGAUUUGCUCAAUAUUUAUUAUGAAAAAUGGCAAACCUAUCAACAGGCAAUCGAAUAUUUAACAUUAUUGUAUAUUUAUCUAAAUACACAAUAUGUUAGAAAAUUUCGUCAUGGUAAUAAUGAAUUAGGUGAUGAUAAUAAUCGUUCGAAUGAAAAAUUAAUGGAAAUUAAUGAACUUGGUGCACAUUUAUGGAAAAUGGAAAUGAUUAUGCCACUUAAAGAUAAUCUUGUUCGGCUUUUAUUACAGGCUAUUAAUGACGACCGUUGUGGUAAACCACAGAAUCAUAACGUAAUUUCAACUGUUAUCAAUUCAUUCAUAUUGAUGGAAAGAUUUGGAAACAAAAAUAAACCAGUAUUGUAUCGUGAAUUGUUUGAAGAACCAUUUCUUAUUGCAACUAGUACAUAUUAUAGUCAUGAAGCAAGAUUAUUAUUACAAAAUAAUGAUUGUUCAAAUUAUUUGGAAAAAGUUUUAACAAUUAUGAAUGUUGAAAAAGAUCGUCUUUAUAAAUUGAUACCGAAUGAAUCACAUCAACGUGUUAUUGAAGUUGUUGAAAAAUGUAUGCUUGGUGAUUAUUUGGAUUUUUUUCAAAAUGAAUGUCGUUUAAUGGUUAAAAAUGAAAUUAGUCGUGAUUUACGUAAUAUGUAUCUAUUAUUGAAAUCAAUUGAAUCUGGAUUGAAAAUAAUGGUCGAUCAAGUUGAAUUACAUAUCAAAGAAAAAGGUUUAGAAGUAAUAAAAUGUAUAAUCAAUUCAAAAGAUGAUAAUCAUAUACAAACAUUUAUUGAAGAAAUACUCAAAGUUUAUUAUCAUUAUCUUCAUCUAAUUGAAAAUAUAUUUUCUGGUGAUAAGAUUUUUAUGUCGGCAUUAGAUCGUGCUUGUACAGCUAUUAUUAAUUAUCGUGAAAAUACUAAACAACCAUGUAGAUCACCGGAAAUUUUAUCACGUUAUUGUGAUAAUUUAUUAAAAAAAUCGGCAAAAAAUUCAUCGGAAAAAGAAAUGGAAACAAAAAUUACUGAAGCUAUUAUCAUAUUUAAAUAUAUAAGUGAUAAAGAUAUAUUUCAAAAAUGUUAUUCAAAAAUGUUAGCCAAACGUUUAAUACAUUCACAAUGUAUUUCAAUGGAAAAUGAAGAAUGUAUGAUACAGAAAAUAAAAUCUGUUUGUGGUUAUGAAUUUACAUCCAAAUUACAACGAAUGUUUACCGAUGUUAAAGUUUGUGAUGAUUUUAUGGUUGGAUUUCAAACACAUCUAGAGAAUAGUAAUAUAAAAUUACCAAUGUCAUUUUCGGCAUACAUAUUACAGGCAUGUGCAUGGCCAUUCUCACAAACACCGGUAUCAAAUUUUAAUAUACCAUUAAUAUUUGAAAAAGCUGUACAUGAAUUUGAACAUUUUUAUCUAAAUAAAUUUAAUGGCCGUAAAUUGAAUUGGAUAUUCAAUGUAAGUCAAGGUGAAGUAAAAUUUUUAUAUACAAAAAAAUUGUAUCAAAUCACAAUGAAUACAUUUCAAAUUGCCAUCAUAUUGUUGUUUGAAAAUGUUGAUGAAUUAUCCUAUGAAGAGAUUCAGCAAAGUACCAGUCUAAAUGAUGAACAAUUACAAAGGCAUUUACAAUCAUUUACUGAUUUGAAAAUUCUUCUAUUAAAUAAUCCAUCAUCACCAUUAUCAUCAGCUUCAUCAUCAUCAUCAUCAUCGGUAGCAAGUACAUCGAUUCAAGCCAACAGACAACAACAAUCUCAACCGGAAUCAUUUCCAAAAUCUACAAGAUUUUUAUUGAAUAAAAAUUUUGCUAGUAAACGUAUGAAAUUCAAGAUUAAUGUACCACCACCAAAAGAAGUUCAGCAAAAAGAAGCUGAACAACAAAAUGCAUCGGUUGAAGAGGAUCGUAAAAUGUUUUUACAGGCUGCAAUUGUACGAAUAAUGAAAACCAGAAAACGAUUACGACAUAAUGCAUUGAUUGAAGAGGUUAUCAAUCAAGCGAAACAACGUUUCAAUCCAAAUGUACCGAUGAUUAAGAAAGCAAUCGAUUCAUUAAUUGAAAAACAAUAUAUCGAUCGAUAUGAAAAUACCGAUGAAUAUCAUUAUAUGGCCUAAAUCAUAAUGAUACACUUAUUUUUUAAAAAAACACUACAGAUUCUUUCAGAAUUUAUUUUAUUUUUUCCCCUUAAUUGUAUCUCGUUCAAAGAAAAA